AUGACGGUUCCACGCCUUGAAAUGCAAGCAGCAGUUUCUGGUAGUCAGCUGACUGACACAAUCGAAAAGGAAUUGGGAAUUCCAAUCAAAAAGCGAUUCUUCUGGGUCGACUCAACCCUCGUACUUGGAUGGAUUAAUACGAAACAAAAAUUAGGUCCAUUUAUCGGCAGUCGUGUAUCAAAAAUUCUUGACUGCUCCGAAAGAGAGGAAUGGUAUUGGAUUCCUACAGACAUUAAUACAGCGGAUCUGGCAACGAAAACCUCAAAUGAAGUUAAUUUGUCUAAAACUGCAACAUGGUUCAAUGGACCCGAAUUUUUACACUGGCCGGAAUCCGAUUGGCCAAAUUUCACUCCACCUCAGCCAAAAAAAGCCGAAAUUGUAAUGUUCCAUCAAGAAUUGCUGCCACCAGAGGAAGUAAUUGCAUCGAUCAGUUUGGAACAUCCAGGGCACUCUAUGCCAGACGUCAAUCGAUUCUCCAAAUACAAUCGAUUGGUACGUGCUACCGCAUACGUCCUAAAAAUGGUCAACACACUUAAAUUGACGAAGAAGAAUCGACCUGGAAAUUUAUCGAUUGAGGUACACGAUAUACGACGCGCCGAAACUCUUUGGUACAAAAAAGCUCAGUUCGAUUGUUACUCACGAGAGAUCCACGAUUUGAAAACGAAAAGCGUCGUAAAGAAGUCGAGCUGCCUUUAUCCACUCAGUCCGUACAUCAACAGUGAAGGCGUAAUCUGCAUGCGUGGUCGUAUUCCAGGAACGAACCCAAUUAUAUUGCCUCAAAACCACCGAUUCACAAAGCUGCUCAUACAGUGGUAUCACGAAAUCAAUUUACAUCAAGGAGUCGACACAGUCAUUAACCAUCUACGAGAACAAUUUUGGAUUCCUCGAUGUCGAACAACAGUACGAGAAUCAUUCAAGUCGUGCAUGAUGUGCAGAGUAAAGAAACCGAAAGUCAAACUGGUGGAAAUGGGUGACAUCCCUAAGGAACGCUCCGAGCAAUGUGAAUUUCCAUUUACGUUCACUGGUGUGGACUACUUCGGCCCAAUGAUGGUAAAGUAUGGACGGCGAUAUGAAAAAGUUUGGGGUUCACUCUUUACCUGCCUAACCACAAGAGGAAUUCACGUCGAAUUGGCAUCGUCACUCAACACCAAUUCAGCAAUAAUGGCAAUUACACGAUUCAUGAAUAUUCGGGGUGUCCCGAGGAAGGUAUUUUCCGAUCAUGGUUCCAAUUUCGUAGGAACGGAUAACGAGUUGACUGAAUUCGUCAAAAAUUUGGACCAUGAAACAAUACUUAACAAAUUGUCAGUCAGAGGAGUGGAAUGGAAAUUCAACUGUCCAGCAGCACCAAAUCGAGGUGGGGCCUGGGAACGUAUGGUUCGAUCAGUUAAGGAAGGACUGAAUGCAUUGAUAGAAACGAAAUUUCCAAGUUUUGAAGUCCUAUCGACAGCCAUCUCCGAAGUGGUGAACACCGUGAACAAUCGACCGUUGACUUACAUAUCAUCUGACGUUGACGACUUCAACAUAAAGGCAAUUACACCGAACGACAUUAUACUACUUCGAACCAACCACUCUCAAUACGAUGUCAAAAUGGAAUACAAUUUUCGGCCGACACAAACUUGGAAACUGGCACACAAAAUCGCGGACGAAUUUUGGUAUCGAUGGGUGAAGGAAUAUCGACUAUCGCUUAUCAAACGAGCAAUAUGGCCGGAUAGUCGCGACAACCCUCAUCUGAAAGUGGGCGAUUUGGUCCGAAUCGUUGACGAAAAUGAAAUCCGUGGACGUUUUCCCAAAGGAAUCAUAACGAAAGUUUUUCCAGACAAAAGGGGCAUCGUACGAACGGUCAAAGUGGACACUAUCAUCGGCAACGACAGGCGAAGCUAUACUCGGCCGAUUUCGAAAAUCGCUAAAAUCAAUCUGUCCGAAGGGUUGGAGGAUGUUGAUGUGGAAAACACCGUCGAUCAGCAUAAUCAAAGUGGGCAAUUGAAAUGA